CGGGCAUUUUCUUAUGGUCUGUGCUGAAUGACAUCAUUGAUAUUGUCAAUGGUGUAACUGAGACGAGAGAUAGAGGAAUAGCUGGAUUUCUGAGUUUACACCUAAAUAUCUGUCAUUCGCAGUGCAGACUAGAGCAGAGUAUACCGCGGGACGCUUACAUCAGGAUCAGCAGGGCGGUGAGGAAUGGUUCGUCAAGCGCAUUGGCCGUCUUUCGCUGUCCAUGGUGCUGUUUGAAUGACAACGUCCUGAUCAGCACCUCGGUGGAAGGAAGGCAGCAGUCCCUGAAGAGCUUGAUCAAAAACGUGAGUUGGGAAGAACAGCAGGAACCAUGGAACUGAGAGUGGGGAACAAGUACCGCCUCGGCAGGAAGAUAGGGAGCGGCUCUUUUGGAGACAUUUACCUGGGCAUUAACAUCGCCACUGGUGAGGAGGUGGCCAUUAAGCUGGAAUGUGUGAAGACCAAACACCCACAACUCCACAUCGAGAGCAAGUUCUACAAGAUGAUGCAGGGAGGAGUGGGCAUCCCAUCCAUAAAGUGGUGUGGAGCAGAGGGAGACUACAACGUGAUGGUGAUGGAGCUGCUAGGCCCCAGUCUGGAGGAUCUGUUCAACUUCUGCUCCCGCAAGUUCAGCCUCAAGACUGUCCUGCUGCUGGCUGACCAGAUGAUCAGCCGUAUUGAGUACAUCCACUCUAAGAACUUCAUCCACAGAGAUGUGAAGCCUGACAACUUCCUGAUGGGCCUGGGCAAGAAGGGCAACCUGGUGUACAUAAUUGACUUUGGCCUGGCCAAGAAGUACCGUGACGCCCGCACACACCAGCACAUCCCCUACCGCGAGAACAAGAACCUGACCGGCACGGCACGCUAUGCAUCCAUCAACACACAUCUGGGGAUAGAGCAGUCUCGUCGUGAUGACCUGGAGUCUCUGGGUUACGUCCUGAUGUACUUCAACCUGGGCUCUCUGCCCUGGCAGGGCCUCAAGGCCGCCACCAAGAGGCAGAAGUACGAACGCAUCAGUGAGAAGAAGAUGUCCACCCCUAUCGAGGUACUCUGCAAGGGAUACCCAUCUGAGUUCUCCACCUACCUGAACUUCUGUCGCUCUCUGCGGUUCGAUGACAAGCCGGACUACUCGUACCUGAGACAGCUGUUCAGAAACCUGUUCCACAGACAAGGCUUCUCCUACGACUACGUCUUUGACUGGAACAUGCUCAAGUUUGGGGCCAGCAGGACAGCCGAGGAUGGGGAGAGGGAGAGGGAGAGGGAGAGGAGAGAGGGAAAAGAGGGGGAUGAGAGGAUCGGCGGGGGACCUAGGGUACCUCGUGCCCUACCCCCGGGCGGCAACCCCCCGGGCGGUGUAGACAGGAUCAGAAAUGGCCCCAAUGCAGCAGCCUCUAACCCUGCUUCCAGAGGAGUCGCACAGUCAGGGAACCGGUCCCCACAGGCCGUGUCCCGUGCGGAGCGAGAGAGAAAGGUGGCCAUGAGGCUCCACCGUGGCGCCCCCGCCAACAUCUCCUCCUCUGACCUCACUGCACAGAUGGGCCAGUCACGCAUCGCCACAUCACAGGUCAGUGUGCCAUUUGAGCACCUGGGGAAGUGAGCUGCUCCUCUCUGGCCCUCUGGACUGGCAGCCAUGGCAUUGUAUCAAAUACCUACUCAAGUACUUUUGAAAUUGUUGGAUAAAAAAGAAAGGAGUGGGUCAACUACACUGAAGAGGGAUGAAAGAUGGAAGAAAAAAAGGAAAGGAACGAAGGAUUGAAAGAAAGUGUGAGAAGUGAACUCCUGUCCACUAUGACUGUAGUUAACUGGAAGAAAUUGUGAAAAGAUGAAAGAUUGACAACUUAACGACACUCUCAUGGUCUAGGCUUUGCUUCCCGGGCUUGUAAGACCUUUGCCUCGGCUGGUGAAUGAGACUUCGGUACUACUGUCCUGGUUCACUCUCAUUACGCCGGCUAUAUGAUCAGUGGGACCAUACACGUCUCUCAGAAGCUCAAUGCGCAUAAAAACAUGCACAUGUCAGUGCAAAACGGACAAGCUCUGAUUGUUCUAGAUGUUUUCACCGCUGAGGUGGUUGUGUGGGCUCAUGUGUAGCUUAAAAAACACAGUCGAAACCGUUUGUCUCACAUUGAAUGUCCAAUUUAUGACAGCUGCAUUUACUGCUAAUGGUGUAUGUUUAUAAUCAACAACAACAAGAACAAAAUCAGAGGUUUCCUGUGGUCAAGCAAAAAGGAUUUAUUCACUAGUAGGCAAGACAAUCUCAGUUGAGAGGAAUUGGGUGCAAAUGAAAGAAAGAGAGAUAGGAAGAGAUGUGGUGAAACGUUGUUCAGGAAUGGGAAAAGAUGAAUGUGAAUGAAUGUGAAAGUUUUUGCGUCAGAGUUGCUUAGAGAAGUGGAAGUGUUUGAAUUAGAAUUGCUUAGAGAAGUGGGUUUGCAUAUAGUCAGUGUAUGUCAAUGUCUUAUUGUCUUACUGUUUGUUUUUCAUACUUUUGGUUUUAGCAAGCCAAGGACCGACCAAGAGUCAAAGGAGGAAGGGGAUGGUAGGAGACUUAGAGAGAUGGACUGUCACCCAUUUUCUCUUUACGUCUUCGCGGUUUAGGAAUUCCAGGAUAAGAAUAAUUAUGAGUAGAUUUGAACCUAGCGUUAAAUGAGGAAAUUUUGGUUCUACAACACUUACUGUUAAGAUUAUUGACACAUUUCCAUUGAGGUUCCACUCCCCUCUGCGGUGUAUGUGAACACAGUAUUGUAUUACAUUUGUCAACAACCAAGAGCUAAAAAUGCCCCUUCAAAUGAUGGUGGACCAUAUAAUAAAGGACCGUUACUUCUUAU